CAUCUCACGCUACCUACAGGCAAAUGAGGUUAGCACAGCAAAAACGAAGGUUGCGUUAGAUCCAAGGGGACAAGGAAGGGACCAACGCAUGCACGCAGUGACUCCGAGAGAGAGACCCAGAGGGCGCCAUAGAAGCUUUCAUUAGAGCCCAAGCAAUUGGCACCAAAACCAUCCUAUUAACCACGGCGGCCCAAUACAUGGAGCUGGUGCGAAAUUCAGGCAGGAUUCAAUGGUGAUUGAGACGUGGCCGUGGUGAUCUGCGCGGAUACACAGUGGGGAGCAAGAACGGAGUGGAUCGGAUGGACAAGAACAAGAGCCGUACCGAUCUGCUCGCUGCCGGACGAAAAAAGCUUCAACAAUAUCGUCAGAAGAAAGAUAGUAAAGGCAGUGGAAGCCAUGGAAAAUCCUCAAAGAAGUCUGGUAAAUCGGAUCAGAAUGAAGCUGAUGCUGAUGCAGUCUCUAGUGCCGCUAAAUCUACAGCAUUGCCUCAGGCCCCUGAAGGAGAAACUGAGUCUCCUAUAGAUGCUAAUCUGAAUAUCAUCAACUCAUCAGGGUCACAUUCUGGGGAGAAAUCUGCAGCUUCUGAAAUUAAUGUUGCUGCUGCUGGUCCCUCGGUGGUGCCCAUUACACAUGAGACAAGUGUAGUUGAAACUCCGAUCGACCAAAAUGCUGAGUCACCAUCACAGGAGGUGGGGGUCACUAAGCAUGAUGUUGAAUUUUCUGUCAGGAAUGAGGGGGAGAAUGCUGGGACCGCUGAUGCUGAGGUGGCAAGGGUUAUUUCUUCGGACACGUCACAUGUUGUGGAUUCUGGAGGGCAAGCCAAAGAUGCCAAUAUGUCUAUACCAGUUGAUGUGUCAGCGCAACCCGCUUCAGUUGAUGUUGCUGCGGGGAUGUGUGUUACUGUUGACACAGAGAGUCUGAGUAGAGAAGAGGAGUCAUUGCCUUCACAGGAGAAUAUUAAUACAGUGUUGAUGCAGCAGAGGGAAGAUCAGGUAACCGAUGUAGGGGCAAUGCAGGAAGCUGAUGGUUUGGAUGCAAAGAAAUCUAAUCAUAGACAUGAAGCAGAAUUGGAGCUUAAAGGAGAUAACAUGCUUUCUUCAUCUGAGCUUGAUAGAAGCAUUGAAAGUUUCUCUGGUGAAGCACCCUCUGUAGAUGAGCAAAUUGGUAAGUUGGAUGAAGCAUCUAAUGGAAUUUUAGUAUUUGCUUCAGAUACAAAGCAAUCUGAUCCUAGUCGUGAAGCAGAAGUGAAGCUUGAAGGAGAUAACAUGCUUUCUUCAUCUGAGCUUGAUAGAAGCCUUGAAAGUUUCUCUGGUAAAGCACCCUCUGUAGAUGAGCAAACUGGUAAGGUGGAUGAAGCAUCUGAUGGAAUGUUAGUAUUUGCUUCAGAUACAAAGCAAUCUGAUCCUAGUCAUGAAGGAGAUGAAAUUCUUUCUCUGUCUGAGAUUGAUAGAACUGCUGAAGCUCUCACCAACCUAGCUUCCUCUGUAGAUGGGCAAACUGGUAAGGCAGAUGAAGCAUCUGGGCCAGCUGGUGCAACCAUGUCUGAUGGACUCACAGUAUCUGCUUCUGCUUUACCUGAGGCAGAUGGAUCUUUACUUGUUAGUGCUGUUGUGCCAACCGAGCAGAAAAGAGAAGAUGUUCCAGGUUCUUAUUUUGAAGAAAAGUCAGAGGUGCAAUUUGGAUCUGGUUCUGAGCAAGGUGGGGAAGAACAUAGGGACGUUGCUGAGGAUUUUCAUCAGAAACAUCCGUUGGAUGGCUGUGAAAGGCCUCCACAAAUCAAUGUGGUGAGUCCAGAUAAAGGAUGGACUGUGUCUCCUGUUGCAGAUGUCAGCUCAAUCAGUCUCUCACAGCUCACAGAAGUAAUUAGGAGGCUUAAUGAAGAAGAGUUUCGGAUUCUUCUUAAGACAAUCGAAUCAGUUUCUAACUCAUUUCCAGGGAUUACCAAUUUUAUUGGGCCAGAAUAUGGAUUUCCAGAAUCAUUUGAGCGACUUAAAGAAGAAUUGAUUCUCACAAAUUUCACAAAAGAUAUCUUUCACUUGCAGCUUGCACAGCAGUCUGAGAUGCAAGUGGAGUUUGAUUGCCAGCGUAAUCAGUUGCUUGAUGAAACAUCUCUUCUUCGUGCUUCACUCAAUGAAGUUCGUGAGAAGAACCAAUACCUUGCUGAAGAGCUUGCAGAGUGCAGAUGUGAACUCCAGCCUGUUGCUAGUGGAAGGGAGGAGCUCCAAAACCAAUUUCAAACUGCGAAGGCAGACACUGAAGAAUUUUCUGCUAGAGCAAUUGAAUUGCAUAGCAGCCUGGAAAGGUCAUGGCAGGAUUUGUCAAGACUGUCAGAAGAGUUGGCUGACUGCAAGUCUUUGGUGGCAGCUUUACAGGUGGAAAAUGAGAAAUUAAAUGGGACUAUUGCUUCAAUGGAUGAAGAUAGAAAGAAACUUGUUGAGCAAAAUGAUCUUCAUCUACACGAGAAGGAGAAGCUUUCAGCAGACUUAGUUGAUGGCAAAAGUUUUGUGGCAGCUCUACAGGGUCAAAUAUCCAACUUGAGUGGGAGUCUGGGUUCAGUAACAGAGGAGAGAAAGAAACUUGAGGAGGAGAAGGAACAUCUUUCCUCUGAGAAUGAGAAACUUGCAAUAGAAUUGGCUGACAGUAAGAAUUUAGUAUUGGCUUUGCAGGUAGAAAAUGGAAAUUUGAAUGCGAGUCUUGGUUUAGUUACAGUGGAGAGAAAGAAGCUCGAGGAAGAGAAGGAGCAUUCUGCUCAUGAGAUUGAGAGACUUUCUUCUGAACUUCUUGUUCUUCAAGAGCGGUUAUCUGCAGAACAUGGAGAACAUAUGAGGGUUGUGAUUGACUUAAAAGAAACUUCAACACGCCUUGACCAACUCACCGAAGAAAAUAUUUUUCUUACUAGCAGUCUGGACAUACUUAAAGCCAAGAUGAGAGAGGUUGAUGAGGAUGGAAUCAAAAUACCAGCUCAAGCUGGGGAAGCUGAGAAUCAAGUUGAACUCUCAGAAGUGCAGAGCAGGGGUCAUGAGAUUGCAACUGAAAGUGAAAAUUUUCAUCAAGUUCCAGGAAAGGAAGAUAGUGAAGUUUCCUUUAUUAUGGUGGAAAAACCCUUUUCUGAUGGCUGUGUAGGAAGCUCACCAUUUCUGAAUCUUGGGCGUGAAAUCUUUGAUGAUUCCUUUGGGUUUGUAGCACUAAAGGGACGCUUGGAGGAGGCAAAUAAAAUGUUGAAUAAACUUGUACCGGAAAUUGAAGGCAUCUGCUCUCAUUCAGAAUCCUUGAACAGGUCAGAUGAUAAAGUUUCCACACCUCCAGUGUCAAAACUGAUUCAAGCCUUCGAGUCAAAGGCGCAUCUUGAAGAACUUGAUGUCGAGGAACGAGGUCUAACUAACAAUCAAUCACCUGCAGAUUCAAUUGCAUCAGUAAGAGAGCAAACUGGAAACUUGAGAGCAUUAUUUGAGCAGUUGCAUCUGGAUGCUGCAAAUGCCAGUGUGCUGCUCAAGGAGGAACGAGAGGGUAGGAAAACUGCUAAUGCCACAUUUGGGGAGCUGAAGGAUCAGUAUGAAGCCUUGGAGGAACAUAGCAAGAAGCUGGAAGCCACCAACAUUGAGCUUGGUGUCCUAUAUGAAGCUUUAGAACAACAUAGGGGCCGCAUUGAAACAAGGAAUAGCGAGCUUGUGGUUCUCUGUGAGUCCUUACAACUACAAGUUACUAAUCUCGAAGCAGAAAACGUGGAAGUUGGUAGAAAGCUACAUGGGUAUGAAUCAAGAAUUAGUCAAUUGCAGAGUCGAUUGCAUGAUUUACAUACAAGUUCAAAUGACCUGGUAUCUCAGAUCUCUGAUCAGUUAGAAAAUUUUCACAAGGAAGCAGCAGAGAGGGUUUUGAUACUUGAGCAGCAUUGGAAUUCCACUAUUGCUCCGGUUGUUGAAGCAAUUGGGAAACUUGAUGAAUCUCUUGGGAGUUCCACAACUACACCAGUCUCUCAUGAUUGUCUGGAUACAAUUAGUCAUUUCGUUUCUUCUGUAUAUGAUGCUGUCAGUGUUAUUGAAGAUCUAAAGGGGAAACUUCAAAGUUCUCAAAUGGACCGUGAGGCUAUUUGUACUUUAUACAAAGAAGUGAAUGAGAAAUGUGAUGAUCUGCAUGGAAAGAAUGAAUUGGCUAGUGAUACUCUGUGCAAGUUGUAUGACAGCCUUCAAAAACUUCUUAGAGUUUUGCAUGGGUCUAUAGAUGAAAGUGAGAUGAACCCGGAAAAUGAGAAGCUUCCUGAUCAUCUGGAUUACAGUAAUUUUGUAACCAUCAUAGAGCAGCUGGAGAAUUUUCUGAGUGAGAGGCUGCAACUCCAAUCUGUUAACAAGAAGAUAAACUCAGAGUUGUUGGAUAGAACAGAAGAAUUUGAGGAGCUAAAACAGAGAUGCCUCGAUGCAAAUUCUAUUCAGAAGUUAAUAAAAGAUGUUGAAGGUGUGCUAAAAGUGGAACAUGCUGAGGUUCACGUAGAUAAAAUGCCUGCUUCACGCUUAGAAUCAUUGGUGUCGUGUCUUGUUCGGAAGUACGAGGAGGCUGAUGUGCAGGUAGGCUUAUCUCAAGAAGGUUUUCAAUCUAAGGCGAUGGAAUUGACUUCAAUGCAGGAAGAAAUACAGCAUUUAAAUGCUUUGUGUUCCCAGCGUGAAAGUGAAACCAUUGUUGUCAAGGAAAGUUUACGUCAUGUGGAGGAUGCCCUUCUUGUUGCUCGUUCUGAGUUACAGGAGAAACUAAAUGAACUUGAACAAUCGGAGCAACGGGUGUCUUCCCUAAGAGAGAAGCUUAGCAUUGCUGUCUCUAAGGGGAAAGGCUUGAUUGUGCAGCGAGAUGGUCUCAAACAGUCCCUUACGGAGAAAUCUAGUGAGCUGGAAAGAUUCUUGCAGGAGCUGCAAUUGAAAGACUCCAUGCUUGUUGAGGUUGAAACAAAACUCAAGGCAUAUUCAGAGGCAGGUGAGCGUGUGGAAGCUCUGGAAUCUGAGCUUUCAUACAUUCGCAAUUCGGCUACUGCAUUAAGGGAAUCAUUCCUUCUCAAAGACUCUGUCCUUCAGAGAAUAGAAGAGAUUUUGGAAGACCUUGAUCUGCCAGAGAAUUUUCAUUCGAGGGAUAUUAUUGAAAAGAUUGAUUGGCUGGCUAGGUCAGCUACUGGUAACACUUUUCCUCUGACAGAUUCAGAUCAGAAGAGUUCUGCUGGUGGAGGUUCAUACUCUGAUGCUGGUUUUGUUGUUAUGGAUUCCUGGAAAGAUGAUGUACAGCCAAGCUCAGAUUCUAGUGAUGAUAUCAAAAGAAAAUAUGAUGAACUUCAAAAUAAGUUCUAUGGGUUGGCUGAACAGAAUGAAAUGUUGGAACAAUCUUUAAUGGAGAGGAACAACUUAGUCCAGAGGUGGGAGGAACUUCUGGACAGGUUUGAUAUGCCAUCGCAUCUGCGGUCCAUGGAGCCCGAGGAUAGGAUUGAGUGGUUAAGAAAAGCACUUUUGGAGGCAGAGGGUGAUAAUAUGUCUCUCCAGCAGAAGGUUGUUAACCUUGAAAACAUUUGUGUAUCACUAACUGCUGAUUUGGAAGACUCAAAAAGGAGAAUAUCUGACCUUGAGGAAGAACUUCAAACACUUAUCGAUGAGAGAAAUAAUCUUUCUCAAAGAUUGGAGGUUCUGAUCAAUGAUCAUGAUAAAAUUUCAGCAAAGGCAGCUGAGCUUGAGCUUGAGAAUGAAAAACUGCAGGAGGAAGUUACGGAUUUGCAGGAGAAUGUAGCCAAGAUGUGUGGGAAUGAGGAGCAAAUUUUCAGCAUAGAAGGUGACAUAAGAAGAUUGCAGGGUCUUGUUACUGAUGCUUUGCAGGUUCCUGGAAUAAAGUUAGAGUAUUCUGGUGAAAGCAGCAUUGAGUGCUUUGAAGGGUUACUGAAUAAGCUAUUAGAGAAUUAUGCAACUCUUUCCUCAGAAAAACCAGUGUUUGGGAGUGCAGCUGAUGGUACCCAUACAGAAAUUGCCGAAGCAACGGUUGAUCAAGCAAGAAGCGUAAUUACACCUGAUACUGCUGAAUCAGAUAUUGCUGUUUUGAAGAAAGAGUUGGAGGAGGUUCAGCGUGAAAUUUUGGCUGUGAAGGAGGAGAGAGAUGGAUAUCUGGAGAAGCAAGGGUCUUUGGCUUGUGAGGUAGAAGCACUCGAUAAAAAAGUGAGUGAGUUGCAAGGGCUGCUUAAUCAGGAGGAACAGAAAUCAGCUUCUGUUAGAGAUAAGUUAAACAUUGCAGUUAGAAAAGGAAAGCAAUUGGUGCAACAGCGUGACAGUCUGAAACAAAAUCUUGAUGAGAUCAAUUCUGAGGUGGAAUGCUUGAGAUCUGAGAUCAAGAUAGGGGAAGGUAAACUUGCAGAGUAUGAAGAGAAGUUCAAGGAUUUGUCUGCUUAUCCAGGGAGGGUAGAAGCCCUAGAUUCUGAGAUUUUGUUCUUGCGGAAUUGUUUGAAAGAAAGUGAGCACAAUUUGCAGGAGCAAGGAAAUACUUUGAGCUUGAUCUUAAAUGUUUUAGGCAACAUCGAUGUUGGAGAUGAUGCUAAUUCUGGUGAUCCUGUUUUGAAGUUGGAACAUAUUUGGAAAGUGUGCUGUGAUUUGCGUGCAGAUAUGUCUUCUUCGGAACAGGAGGCUAGGAAAUCAAAAAGAGCAGCAGAGCUACUCCUUGCAGAACUGAAUGAGGUUCAAGAGAGAAAUGAUGGUCUCCAGGAAGAGCUAGCAAAAUCUGCGAGUGAACUUGCUACACUCUCCAAGGAAAGGGAUCUCACAGAGGCCGCCAAGCUUGAUGCUCUUUCUCGUCUUGAAAAGUUAUCUACAGCUCAUUCUGAAUUUGCGGGAUUAAAGUCUGGAGUAGAUCAACUCAGGAAGGGGUUCCAAGAUGUUAGUAAUUUACUGGCUGGUGUUUUUCACCAGGACAUGGAAUUUUUGCACAACCUAGAGUCUGGUAUUGACUCCUGCCUCAAAUCAAGCAGUGCUGCUGAUGUGGUUGAUGUACCCCUUUUUACUACAACGGGUGGAUUUAUAACGAGCAAAUCAGAUAAGGAGAACUUUACUUUGAUGAAUUCUUGGUCAGACUCCAACAUGCAUGGCCGUUCAGAUGACAAUUUUAUUGUUGGAAUCUUUAGUUAUGUAAGGCAUUAUCUGCAAGAACUCAUGGUGGAGGUUGGUGCGCUUAAAGAAAAAUUAGAUGAACACUCAAUUUCAUUACAUGAAAAAACCAAUAAUGUAUCAAAAUUAAUUGCAAUUGUUCAUGGAGAAUUAACUUCCAAAAAUGAGUCAGUUGAAUCCUUGAAGAGAGACUUGUUGCAUAUGGAAAGAGUUGAAAAGGAAAAAGACAAGGAGCUUCUUCUCUUGCGUAGAAAUAUUGGCUUACUUUUUGAAGCAUGCACUAGUUCAGUUAUGGAAAUGGGUAGAAGAAAAACUGAAUUGGUCGGAAAUGGUUGGGCUGCUGGAGAUCAAGGGAUGAGAUUGAAAUCAGCAGAAUUUCCCGUCGAUGGACUUUCUUUUGGUGGAGAGGAGCAGUUUCACUCUGAGGAAUGUGUCAGGACUAUGACGGACGGGCUAUUGUCGACUGUGAAUGAUUUUGGUACUCUGACAGCGGAAAUUGUGGAAGGUAACCAAAAGGAAUUGAAGAUUACCAUUUCCAAGUUGCAGAAAGAACUUCAGGAGAAGGACAUUCAAAGGGAAAGGAUCUGCAUGGAGCUUGUAAGUCAAAUCAAGGGGGCUGAAGCGGCUGCGACAAGUUAUUCAAUGGAUCUUCAAUCCUCAAAAAUGUUGGUGCAUGAUUUGGAAAAACAGGUGGAAGUGAUGAAGGGUGAACGUAACCUGUUGGAGCAGAGAGUGAAAGAGCUAGAAGAUGGUCGUGCGACUUCUACCGAUUUGCAAGAGAGGGUCAGAUCACUGACUGAUGUGAUUGCUGCCAAAGACCAAGAGAUUGAGGACCUAAUGCAAGCACUUGAUGAUGAGGAGGUGCAAAUGCAAGGUCUCACUUUCAAGAUUAAGGAAUUGGAAAGUGUUGUGGAACAAAAGAACUUAGAUCUUGAGAACCUUGAAGCUUCUCGUGGGAAGGUUAUGAAAAAGCUUUCUGUCACUGUGAGAAAGUUUGAUGAGCUACAUCAUCUAUCUGCAAACCUCCUUGCCGAGGUGGAAAAGCUCCAAUCACAAUUGCAAGAUCGGGAUGCUGAGAUAUCUUUCUUAAGGCAAGAGGUCACUAGGUGCACCAAUGAUGUUCUUGUUGCAUCUCAAACCAACAACAAGAGAAAUUCAGAUGAGAUCCAUGAGUUAUUAACAUGGUUUGAUAUGAAUGUUGCUCGGGUUGUUGUGCACAAUGCAUAUCUUAUGGAUAAGAACAAUGAUCAUGACUCUGAACAUAAGGAAAUAUUUAAGAAAAAGAUUGAUUGUAUUAUAUCAGAAUUGGAGGAUCUACAGGCUGUAGCUCAAAGCAAGGAUACGCUAUUGCAAGUUGAGAGGAGUAAGGUACAAGAAUUAACACGGAAGGGAGAAAGUCUUGAGAAGUCUUUACAUGAGAAAGAAUCGCGACUAAAUUUGCUUGAAGGUGUUGGAGAUUCUGGCAGAGGAACUAGUAUGACCUCUGAAAUUAUCGAGGUUGAACCUGCGAUAAACAACUGGGUGGCAUCUGGGACCUCCAUUGCACCUCAAGUCCGCAGUUUGCGCAAAGGCAAUAGUGACCAAGUUGCAAUUGCCAUAGAUAUGGAUUCUGAGAAGACUAGUAGGUUGGACGAUGAAGAGGAUGAUAAAGUUCAUGGUUUCAAGUCACUCACUACAUCAAGAAUUGUUCCAAGAUUUACAAGACCUGUGACUGACAUGGUCGAUGGCCUUUGGGUUUCUUGUGAGCGGACUCUAAUGCGGCAACCUGCUUUACGGCUUGGCAUUAUACUCUAUUGGUUUAUACUGCAUGCGCUUGUUGCUACUUUUGCAAUUUGAAAAGCCAAAUGGUCAGAGAUCCUCUUGUCAGGUUCGCAUUUGGUUGGGAUGCAAGAUGGGCUCCUAGUCCCAACUAUGAUUAUGCUUUUGUUGGGGUAUUAAGUUGGAAGCUUAAUCUGCAAUUUUUUUCUCCUUCCUAGAUGUGGUUAGAUUGAUUUAUUAUUUUGCUCAACCAAGCAAUUCAGAUUCCCAUUUUUUAUUGUAAUGAAUCUCGGAAGCUUGGUUGCAUCUAAUAAGAAAAAGGAAAUUCCAUCAUAGGGAUCAUAGGUCAAAAUUUGUUUACCUCAAUACCCAACCAAAGGUUGUACACAUGAUAGCUGUUAUUAUUAUAGGUUCUCUUAUUAAAAUUAGAGGGAAUUUAGCUGUAACAAAAGCUCCAAAGUAGUGCUUUUAUGGUAUUAUGUAAUGUAAAUUCCAGGGAUAUAUGUGAAGGCUUUGACUCGGUUUUCUGCAA